CGUAACCUAACAGCUGUGCAAAGUGUCAACAGCAAAACAAGUCCACAAAAUAUAGAAAAGGAAAGAUAGCUGCGCAGACGGAAGCCCUAUCCGUUCAUUCCGUUUAUACUGAAGUAACUUCUAGCCCAAAAUCACACACACCCACAUCCACAUCAUGGGCAUGUGUUUCUCCUGUUGCGGCGAUAGUGCCGAAAAUGCAAAUCUAAUGCCCUCACCCGAGGAGCGUCGUCAACAACAAUUGGAGGCAGCCGAAAAACGUCGCCAGGAGAAUGAAUCCCGUGGCGUUAAGAAUCCGGACAGAGUGCGCCAGCAACAGCAGCGGGCUGCCGAACUGGAGCGUAGAGAAGCGGAGGCGGCACGCCAAAGGCAGGACGGUCCUGCUUUAAGGUGGCAAACGAGUUAGAGAGCAGUUAAAGCAAGGGCAGGAAGGAGAACUUUUAAGUCGAUAAUCUAAACAAACGGCUGCCUCUUAAGGAUGUGCGUUUAAAAAACGCUAAAAUCUUGUGAAACAUUGUGACCGCCACCAACUCUACGGCAUUUCUAUUCUUUUGUAUGAUGUCUCUGUGUAUAUCUACUACUACUAUAUUUGUGAUCAAUGUCCCUCCCCCCACACACACUUUCCACACAUAUAUCCUUCUUUGUAUAUAGUAUAUAAUGAUGAUUACCAAAUUUUGACAAACGAAACCAAAUUAUGAAACUUAAUAAAAUCUAAAUCAAAAUUGUAA